ACUGGUAACAAUUUAUCAAUGAGUGUUCUUCCGUCGGUGGUGUGCCGGUUACUUAUUUUUACAAAUACGGAUUCCAGUUAUUAUUUAGAGUUUUGAAGAAACAGUGAAUACAAUGCAUACGGAAACGACGUUAACACUUAUACAAAUAUUGGAAAAGACUGUAUCACCAGACAGAAAUGAAUUGGAAGCUGCAGAAACCUACCUUAACCAUGCAGCCGUUAAUAAUUUCACAACAUUUAUUAAAAUGUUGUCUGAUGUCCUGGUUGCGGGAGGGAACAGUCAGGUGGCUAGGAUGGCUGCAGGUUUACAGUUAAAAAACCACCUGACUUCCAAAGACCCUACACUAAAACAACAAUACCAACAAAGGUGGCUGGCACUACCUGAAGACAUCAGAUUGUACAUUAAGAAAAAUAUCCUAUCUGCUAUUGGAACAGAAAACAGCAGGCCAAGUUCAGCGGCGCAGUGUGUAGCAUAUGUUGCAGUGGCAGAACUCCCAGUGGGCCAGUGGAAUGACCUUAUACCUAUGCUUGUAGAAAAUGUUGUCAAUGCUCAAUCAACGGAACUUAAAAAAGAAGCAACACUAGAAGCUAUUGGUUAUAUCUGCCAAGAGAUAGAUGCUGAGGUAUUAACUGAGCAGAGUAACCCCAUUUUAACUGCUAUCAUCCAUGGUAUGAGAUCUAUAGAAACUAGCAAUCAUGUAAGACUUGCUGCUACACAAGCUUUACUUAACUCCUUGGAAUUUACAAAAGCCAAUUUUGAUAAGGAAAAUGAAAGAAACUUUAUAAUGGAAGUAGUAUGUGAGGCCACACAGUCAAGUGACAUGAGGAUUAGUGUUGCAGCUCUACAGUGCUUAGUAAAAAUUUUGUCCUUAUACUACCAAUAUAUGGAACCAUACAUGGGUCAAGCAUUGUUCCCAAUCACCUUAGAAGCCAUGAAAUCUGAUGUCGAUGAAAUUUCACUUCAAGGCAUUGAGUUCUGGUCUAAUGUAAGCGAUGAGGAAAUAGAUCUUUCUAUUGAAGAACUGGAGGCAGCUGAUGCAGGGCGACCUCCUGCACGCACUUCUAGAUUUUACGCCAGAGGAGCAUUGCAGUACCUUGCACCUGUCCUCAUGCAGAAGUUGACAAAACAAGAUGACUCUGAUGACGAAUUAGAAUGGAAUCCCUCUAAGGCUGCAUCUGUUUGUCUAAUGCUCUUGUCUAACUGCUGUGCAGAUGAAGUAGUCCCGCAUGUUAUACCUUUUAUUAAUUCAAACAUCAAAAAUGAAAACUGGCGGUAUAGAGAAGCAGCUCUUAUGGCUUUUGGUUCUAUUCUUGGAGGUCUUGAAGCUAACACUUUAAAGCCUCUGGUGGAAAAAGCAAUGCCCACUUUGAUUGAAGCCAUGUACGAUUCCAGUGUCGCCGUGCGAGACACUGCUGCUUGGACUUUUGGCAGGAUUUGUGAAAUUGUCCCUGAAGCAGCCAUCAAUGAAACAUAUCUGAAACCACUUUUAGAAAGUCUUGUUAAUGGAUUAAAAGCUGAACCACGCGUCGCAGCAAAUGUCUGCUGGGCAUUCACAGGCCUUGCGGAAGCGGCGUAUGAAGCAGCUGAUGGCGAAGAUUCGAACCAACCUAAAACAUACUGUAUGUCUAAAUACUUUGAUUUUAUUAUUCAAAGACUUCUUGAAACAACUGACCGGCAAGACGCUGCACAGCAUAACUUGCGAUCCGCUGCAUAUGAAGCACUCAUGGAAAUGGUUAAAAACUCUCCCACUGAUUGUUAUGUAACUGUUCAAAAGACAACCAUGGUCAUUUUAGAAAGACUUCAGCAAGUACUGCAAAUGGAAAAUCAUAUUUCAAGUCAAGCUGACAGAUCACAAUUCAAUGAUCUCCAGAGUCUACUGUGUGCCACUUUGCAGUCUGUUCUUCGUAAGGUAACCCCUGAAGACGCCCCUCAAAUAUCGGACGCGAUCAUGACCGCGCUUUUGACCAUGUUCGCUGGCAACGCGGGUAAAGCUGGCGGCGUCCAGGAAGAUGCUCUGAUGGCAGUCUCCACCUUAGUCGAAGUGUUAGGAGAAGGUUUCUUGAAAUAUAUGGAUGCUUUCAAGAGGUACCUAUUUGUGGGCCUUAAAAAUCACCAGGAGUAUCAAGUUUGUAUUUCGGCUGUUGGCCUAACUGGCGACAUUUGCCGAGCAUUGAAAAGUAAGGUGCUACCGUAUUGUGAUGAAAUCAUACUCUUAUUGUUGGAAAAUCUUGGUGAUCCCUCCAUUCACCGCUCGGUUAAGCCUCAGAUUUUGUCUGUAUUUGGUGAUAUUGCCCUCAGCAUUGGUCCCGACUUUGCUAAAUACUUUGAUGUUGUGAUGCAGAUGUUGUUACAGGCUAGCAAUGCUCAAGUAGAUCGAAAUGAUUAUGACAUGGUCGAAUAUUUAGGAGAACUUCGCGAGAGCGUGCUUGAAGCUUACACUGGUAUUAUCCAAGGCUUGAAGGGAUCAACCGGCGAGGUGCGGUCCGACGUGGGGCUGGUGGAGCCGCACGUGCCGGCCAUCGUGACGUUCAUGACGCAGGUGGCGUGCGAGCCCGAGCGCACGGACGGGCACAUGUCGGUGAUCGCGGGGCUAGCGGGCGACCUGUGCACGGUGUUCGGCCAGCGCAUGCUGCCGCUGCUGGAGACGGCGCCGCUGCUGGACCUGCUGCAGGCGGCGCGCCGCUCGCGCACGCCGCGCACCAAGGCGCUCGCCAACUGGGCCACCAAGGAGAUCCGCAAGCUCAGGCUACAGACGCCUCUCACUAGCUGAUUUGAAACUCUGCGCUGCCACAAUGACGUAAUGCAGUUUCAGACAUCUUACUGCUGGUAAACUCAACUGUGUUGGCAGGCAUAUUAUGUCCAUAUUCAUAAAUCGUUAGGUGCAUUUGUUUAGAGGCCUUUAUAGUUUUUAAACUCUCCAAACAAUAAUAUUAUAGUAGUUAUUUUUGUGUUUAUGGGCUAACACUCUGGCCUACUUUAUAAAUCAAUAAUAUUAUAUGUUAUCCAUGAUACAAUAAUAUUAUUAUUUAAAUAUUUGUCUAUUUAGUUAUGCGUUACCAUAAUUGUAGCAUAGCAACAUUUGAAACCAUUGCUGUGUUUAAUUUACUGAGCUUUUUACCAUGACAAGGCAAGUAGUUUAUAAACUUCUUUAAAACCAUCAUGAAAUGCUAACUAAGAAAUAUGGAUGAAUGUUUAUAAUCUAGUGAAAUUGUAUUUAAGAAGAGUGCUCAUUUGUUUAAGGCCUUUUCUUGAAAUCACCAAGUGAUUUUUGGCCCCAAGCAAUGCACUUAGCGUAGCAAUAUUGAAACUGUUUAAUGUAUGCCUGACCAUAAUCUUUCCAUAAUUAUCUUAAAGUUGAAGCAUUUUUUCCUAUUUGGUAUUAUAAAUACAGACAGUGGCUGUGGUAUCUUUACUUAUGUGAGAUAAAGUGAUAAUUUGAAAGGGAUGUAUGAAAGUUGACGUAUGUUAUUUUAGGCAUGCACAUGUGCAAGGGAUUAUGAAUUUUAUAAAUUAUUAUUAUGUUUUGUAAGAUGUAUGAAAGAUUUUAUGAAUGGGUAAGAAUGCAUGUAAGAUGCGUGCAUGAUUAUCUCAGAUAUUUUAUAAACUUAGGCAUUGUCGAUCAUAAUGAAAAUUUGGUAUGUAAAUGUAUGUUAAGAAUCCGUCGACGUUACUCGAGACUGAAGGACGCCAUAUUGGCGACUAUGCUUUUUUGUUCAUCACAAUCCAAGCUGUAAUUUAGUAGAUGACAAACUAAUCACAAGUUCUUCCAAAUAAUCAUUAGAACUAGGUAAAUUUCUUCUAAAUAAUUUCAGCAUCUAUUAUUUUGCAUUACAAGUAAAAUCUACUAGUUUGUUUGUAGCAUUUUGUUUUAACAUCUGGCACUCAAGUUGGUGCAGCUGACUGAAGAUUACAACCGUCCCUAUUCUACAAAUAUUAUUUAUCAAUUGAUAUGAUUAUCAAUGAUAAAAAAAGCUUUCCUUAUCAAAGACAACCUUUAGCUAACUUACCUUGUGAUGAAUAAAAAGUUAAUUUGCCUUCUGAUCUCAAUAUCACAUUAUUGUACAUAUGUAAUUAAACGUUGUUUUCCCUUAAGAUGUAUCCAGAAAUGGCAAAAAUAGAAUGCCUUGAAGUUAAUUGGCUAGACAAAAACAUCAUAUGAACCGUUUGUGAAAGUUAAUUUCCAAUUAUUCUCAAAUUUAUGUUUUGCAUUUAUCUCACUAAAAAUAGCAAAUGGGUAUCUUCAAUAACGUAGUCUUUUUUCUUGUUAUUGUUUUAAUUCUAUUUAUUUUUAACUUAUAUGUGUCUUAUCUUAUGUUAUUUCUAAAAUGCAAUCAUAUCGUUUCGAUUUUAUAUUAUUUUAUAAACAAAAUUCUUAUCGCGGCAACAUUUCACUGCUGUAGUUCUGUCAAGUGCAUUAUUUAACUGGCAGGUUAUCGCAACGAUAACGAAUAUCGAAUUCACAAACACGAGGCCUUCCGUCAUGUCGACUAGCUCAAAGCAUUUCUUUCAGUUCGCAUGUCGGAUGUACUAUAUUAAGUUAAAGAUAAUUUAGAAAAAGUCAAGCGACACUUGCAUUACUUGUUAUUUAUUGUAAUACUUAAUUGGUUCUAUUUUGUCGAUCAAACUUGCUUUAAAGCCGUCAUAAGUGCCUUUUUACGUGUACGAUAACUAAACUUACUCUUUUGUUAUCGAUGUCCAAUUUCAUUACUCAUGACUAAUGUUCUAAUCAAUUCGUUCCAUACACUUGGAUAGAAUUCUUUUUAUACUCUUCAGGUUUAAGACUUAGGUGCGUUAGAAUAUGAAAAUACCCUUGAUGUCAUUAAUUUUGGUUAACAUGUUGAGUGUCUGCUAGUCUGUGAGCAUCACUGAUAGGAAUGAUGUUUGCGCGAAUUAUGCAAGAAUAUUUAAAGUGAAGUGUCAUUACCACCAUUUCAUUAUUUUACGUUUUACAUGAACACCGUAUAUAUAUGAAAAUAAAACUAUUUGGAUAUGGUAAUAUUCGGAAGUUUUGAAAAUGUCAUACAAGCUACGUAUGUACUUAUAUUUAAGUAUGAUAGGUGAAUAUGUGAGGACUAGUGCCAUGCCAUGAAAGGUUCUGAAUUAGAAUCAUAGGCAUCGAGUCAAUGAAUACCACCCACUUUUCCUGCGCGAAUCUAAAAUCAAUUAGUUUUUUGUUACGGCGUAUAUUUCCAUUCGUUUUGAAUAUGACUAUCUGCUACCCUGUAAACUGUUCUAUGGUGAUUAAACAAUUUAGAAGUUAA